UUUUUUUUUUUUUGCCGACCCCUCUUUCUCUCAACAAAUGCCCUUUAGGAAGAAAGAAAAGAAAAAAGAAAACGCCUGCUUUCCCGAAUGAAUACGACAAUGGGAUUUGAUGUUUUUGAGAGAAAUAAUUAAUUAAUUAAUUAAUGUAUUUUUUAAUCGGUUGAGCAAAUGGAGGGGUCCAUCAUUUGAGGAAUCCAACCCCCUUCUUGCAUUACUAAAUACCUUUUUUCCCCUCUUUUCUCUGCAUAUGUCUCUUGAUUAACUUUUGGUGUAUAUAUAAGUAAUAUUUGUGUGGGUUUUUGUGUGUGUAUUCAUCUUUUCUCUUCUCCAUUUUUAGGGUUUUGUACAGUCAACUUGCCUUCUUUGGGUUUUCUUCAGAAUUUGGAUCUUUUUUAUGAAAAAUCGUCGGAUUUUUGGGUUCGGAAGUAUUAAAUCAAUGCCAGAAGGAAGCAAUAUAGCCGAACAAGAAGAAGAUGAAUUAAAUCAGAGUGGAUCUAAUUUGUCUGAUAAAGAAUCUCAGGAUGCAGAUUAUUCACACAUUCCUUCCCUCAGCCACGAGCUAGAAACUCUAAUCUUCGCUCGAUUGCCAAGAUCGGAGCAUUGGAAACUAUGCUUUGUCAACAAGUCAUGUUUGUCCCUUGUUAAAACCGGCGAACUCUACAAGAUCAGACGAGACAUAGGACUCAAAGAACCUUCCGUUUUCAUGUUCGCCAGCGGGGAAAGCAGCUGGUGGGCCUUCGACCGCGAGUUCAUGUCCUUCCGGAAGCUUCCGGUACUUCCCUCAGACUCUUGUUUCUUAUCCGGAGAUAAGGAAUCCCUCUGUGCCGGGACCCACCUCCUCGUUUCUGGCCGAGAGAUCGAAGGUCUAGUCAUUUGGAGGUACGAGCUGGCGGAGAACAAAUGGGGUAAGGGCCCAUCAAUGAUCUGGCCAAGAUGCUUGUUCGCGUCGGCGACUUGUGGGGCUCGUGCCUACGUAGCAGGGGGCAUGGGGGCCAUUUCGCGGAACGAAGUGUACGACUCGGCCGAGAGGUACGAUCCUGACCGUGGGUCGUGGGACCCACUUCCGAAGAUGAAGAAGAGGAGGAAAUUGUGUGCCGGGUUUUAUAUGGAUGGUAAAUUCUACGUGAUUGGAGGUAGAAAUGAAAACGGCGAACUAACAUGUGGAGAAUUUUUUGAUGAAACGAGGAACAGAUGGGAAUUGAUACCGGAGAUGCUGAAAGAAGAUUCCGUACAGUCAUCUUCGCAUUCUCCUCCUCUUCUUGCAGUGGUGAAGAACGAGCUGUACUCUCUAGAAACUUCUACGAACGAGCUGAAGGUAUACUUGAAGAAGACAAAUACGUGGCGGGGGUUGGGACGGGUCCCGGUGAGAGCAGAUAGCAAUAGGGGUUGGGGAGUUGCGUUUAAGUCCUUGGGGGAUGAGUUAUUGCUUAUUGGGGCUUCAUCUGCUGGUAAUUAUAUGGCUAUUUACACGUGCUGCCCUGUGGAUUGUGAGUCCGGUGAGAUGGAAUGGAAGCUUCUAGAUGGCGGUGGUAGAAGUCGACUCAGCCAUUUUAUUUUGAAUUGUUCGGUUAUGGUAGCUUGAGGGAGGGAGCAAUGACACUUUGUAAUCAUAAGUCACUCUACCCUCCUCUGUUUUACUCUGUAUAAUUCACUUUCUUGAAAUGUGUCAUUUUAUCCUAC